CUUGUAAGCAAUCAGCGGCACUGCUCCUACCCAGGGCACAGAAUCAGUGCGCGAGGAGAAGGAAAACAUCUCCUUGCUGUGCGUGUUUACGACAGAGGAUGUUUCAGAAUGACACCACUUGUACAUGAACCCCACCUCUCCCCCCCCGGCUCACACGUCGGGCGCUGCGUGCUGUGCUUGAGCGUCACAUCACAGACUUAACGGGAAUCUCGGGUGUCUGCACCGCUCCUCCAGGAUUAUGCCCGGGAUGACUCCGUGGUGAUUUCUGAGUCCUUUUUGGAAACAUUCAUGGGUGCAUGAGAGGAUUUCCCGAGUGGGGAAACGUGGGAUUUUGUCCACUACCGCUGUCGUUUCCACUGCGCGGACGGCUCAGGUUUUGACCACAACUUGGGUUAAACUUUCCCGAAAUACUCCGGUGUGAAGAAAGAAAGCAGGAUUUACAAUUAACUAUUUAACCUGGUGUUCUCUUCACACUGCCGGGGAUGAAGGCAGAUCGACGAACUAUGAAUUUUCUCUUAUGGAUAUUAGUCCCAAACUUUUUCCUGUGUUGGCUUGUGGUUGACGCACAGAUGGGGUUUGAUGGGCCGCUCUCUGCACAGGAGCAGAUGUACAUCCUGUAUGAAAUCAAAAUGCAGUGCUACCAGAAUCUCUCCAACACUGAACCAGGAACCACAGAUGAGGUGUGCCCUCCAGACUGGGACGGUCUGAUUUGUUGGCCCCGCGGCUCCCCCGGGCUCAUCACCAAGGUCCCCUGCCCAUCGUACAUCUAUGACUUCAAUCACCAAGGACAUGCUUACAGGAAGUGUGACAUCAACGGUUCCUGGGUCUUUGUGGAGCAGUGGAACAAAACAUGGACCAAUUACUCAGAGUGUUUACGCUUUCUCCAGCCCUUCAGUGACGAAGAUGGGAGACAAGACUUCUUUGAGCGUCUGUACGUCAUGUAUACCAUUGGCUAUGCCGUGUCCUUCAGCUCUCUGCUAGUGGCCAUCAUGAUCAUUGGAUACUUCCGGCGUCUUCACUGCACCAGAAACUACAUCCACAUGCACCUCUUUGUUUCCUUCAUGCUACGAGCAGUCAGCAUCUUCGUGAAGGACAAAGUUGUGUAUUCCAGGGCGGGAUUGCAGGACUUGGACUCUGCUCUGCUCGACAGCUUAAAAACUGUUAGCAUAGCAUCACUGGACAAGUCGCAGUAUAUUGGCUGCAAGGUGACUGUGCUGCUCUUCAUCUACUUUCUGGCUACAAAUUACUACUGGAUUCUGGUAGAAGGCCUUUAUCUCCACAGUCUCAUCUUCAUGGCCUUCCGAUCAGAUUCCAAAUACCUCUGGGGUUUGAUACUCAUCGGAUGGGGUGUUCCAGCUGUUUUUGUGGCAGUGUGGGCGAUCGUCAGGGCAACAGUGGCAGAUGCAAGGUGCUGGGAGUUGAGUGCUGGGAACAUCAAAUGGAUCUACCAGGUUCCCAUCUUGACAGCGAUUGGGCUCAACUUUAUUUUGUUUGUGAACAUCGUGCGAGUUCUGGCCACUAAAAUACGAGAGACGAACGCAGGGCGAUACGACACCAGGAAACAGUACAGGAAACUGGCAAAGUCCACUCUUGUGCUCGUGCUGGUGUUCGGCAUCCACUACAUCAUCUUCGUUGGGAUGCCUCAUACAUAUCAGGGACCAAGCUGGGAAAUCCGAAUGUACUGUGAGCUGUUUUUCAACUCAUUUCAGGGCUUCUUUGUGUCAAUUAUCUAUUGCUACUGCAAUGGAGAGGUUCAGACAGAGAUAAAGAAAACAUGGACACGGUGGAAUCUUUCCUUUGAGUGGGAGGGUCCAGUUGUGUGCGGCCGCUACCGUUAUGGAUCUGUGGUCGUAGGUCUGAACAACAACAGCACCAGCAGCCAGUCCCACCUGGCUGGUGCUGGGCCGUCCACACGCUCCACCACGCUCGUUUCCAGCCGCGUUUACCGGAGCACAGGUCCAACCGCGAUCAGCAUGCGUGCCACCCUGCCAGGAUACGUAAUCAGUAACUCGGAUCCAUCCAUACCCGAGGAGCCUGAGGACAGCGGUCCCAAGCGGGUGGAUGAUAUCUCACUGAGGGAAAAUCUGCCUGUUCUAAAUAUGAGCGGAACGGCUGAUGAUGAGGAGGAAACGCUGUAGCAGACAUCAGACCAUUUACUCCUGUGUUAUUCAAACUCUGAAGAGGGAUGCAAAUACAAACAAAAAGUGUCACUCUGCAGACAAGAAGAGGAAAAAAUGUCCCGGACAUUCAUAAGAAGAAGAACUAACGUGAACUUUUUAUACAGUACUGUAAAUUGUGAAGAAAUGUUAACUGUUGUCAUUGCUAUACUGUUUUUGCUGCCAACGAUCACCAAAAUGCUGACUUUUAAACUUCUACACACAGAGCCUUUAACAGCGCACACAGGUUACGGUGAAAAAUGAACACUGAGCCUGAGUCACAGCCCCACACAUCACAGUACAGCCGGCACUUUCAGCAAAAGCUGUUGAUGGCAGACUGUUUACUUACGAACAUCAUUUGUUGGAGCGUAAGCAGGCUGGCUGAUAAGUGCUACAAGUUGGCAACACUGCUGCUACUCCAGACCCUUUAUCUGACAGUGGCUUAUUACCUUCAGACAUUUCCAAAUGACAGGAGGUGAAAAGCUUUUGAGCACCUAGUUUAAAAAAGGACUAAAAUAAUUAAGUAAAAAAUAAAAAAGGUUUUUUCCUCAGGGAGGGCAACACCACAGUGCCCUCUAUUGCAUCACAGCCACUGGAGGUUAGCUUGGAAACACGCUGUAGCAUGUUUAACAGCGGUCGUCUGACGUUAUGGAAAUUUCAGCAUCUUUUCCAGCCAUCACCUUGAUUGUACAGUAUAUCACAUGAGUGCCACAUCCAAGCUAGACUCGCACAGUAACGCAAAAAUAGACGUUACGGAUUGGAUGGUGAGGUGAAAACACAGCAUGAGCAGCAUGAUAGCUAACGAGGGAUAAAAAAAACCCAUAAUCUCAAAGCAAACUGAGCACUGAUGAAUCUUGGUUCUAGCAGACAUGUUCUCUAAAUUUGAUCAUACAGUAGAUGUUUUCUUUAAAUAGCUACAAGCUUCAUCGAACAGACAAUGGGCUCUAUUUUCCUGCAGGUGUAAAAACAGCCGCUGCAGAAAUGCGUGACGUCACAGACAUGCACACCUGCCACCUAAAGCUAUAACUAUGCUUGGAAUCACUUGUCUGAGUUCAGCAUUAGUCUUUUCUCUACCUCAAACUGACGCAUGUUUAAAAAGAAUGUAUAUAACAAAAUACAGUGUUUUUUGUCAUCUAUGGCAAAAUUUAGUUUUUGUUUGUUUUUUUGAGAAAACAAAUAUUUUACCCUACUUGGGUUUAGAGCUUGGGUUUGUUGCUAUAUCAACACAUUUUUAAAAACUUGAAUACUAAUUUGCAUAUAUGAGUUUUUUGGGGGCAACAACAGACUGAUGAUGUAGAAGUCUCAAAAACUGUAUGAUUCAAGUAUCAUACACUAGCUGUUAAGGAGUUAAGGGACCAUGUUAUAAGCAUUAAAUGUGGUUUGUUAAGGGCAAUACUGUGCCAUAGAGGGGCGGUCCUCAUUUCCCUAAAGUUGACCCCCUCAAAGGAUCAGCUUGUUGGCCAUUUAACCAGGAGGUGGCUUCAGUGAACGGAGCGGGGCACGUCAGCUUGUAUGCAUCUUAUACAUGACCUUGAAUCAUUUUUUCUUUCAUCUACCUCAUGCUGAUGUGUCAAAAUACAGUAAGUUUGACUGAGCUUUUUACCAACUCACAUCUCCGCCACAGUUUUAGCUGUGAGGUGUCCAUGGACAGUGUAACAGGUGGAAGGACAAAGCUGCUAUGGCAUCGCUCACUGGUUUGUGAAGUCUUGUUAUCCGGUGUUUUCACCAUCUUGUUGUUUUGAAACACGAUGUGAUGUGAUGAAGGAGUUGAUCUGCCUGGCUGCACGCUCAUCGGCUCGUUCUUAGCCAAUCCCUGGCUAAUCCUUAAACCACCAAAAUUUACAAAAUCAGCGUCACUUUUUACCCACUGUGAAUGUGAGUGACAGAGUCGAUUAGCUCAUGAGGAAACAUUAACAGAACUCAGGGCCUACUUCCAUUUUUCUUACAUUUAUGUAGAUAAGAUUAAUCUUUAUUAUCAUUGUACAGAUAGUAAACAAUGAAAUUUCAGAGCACUACAUUUGAAGGUGCAUAAAGACAAGAUGAAAACAGACAUCAUGAAAAGAGGAAGGAGGAAACAUGUUACUACAAUCACUCACAAACCAGCUUUUACACCCGAGAUGUAAGCUCAGUGUUGGCAGCGUUAAGUUUAAGUGUAUUUAAAGUCUUUACCGCCCAUGGAAAGAAGCUCUUUCCUAAUGUUGUUCUGCUUUUAAUGUUCCUCCUUCCAGAGGGCAGUUGGCUGAACAAGUGGUGCCCAGGAUGAUUCUCUUUGCUCUGGAGGGACAUCAAGAGUUUUGAGUCUCAUCCAAAGAGGUUAAAGGACAUCCUAUGGUCUUUUCAGCUGACCUCAUCACCUCUGCAGUUUUCCCUGUCAGAUACUGUACAGCCAGCGUGCCGCACAGUAACAGCAGUGUCAGAGCGCUCCCAGCUGUAGAGCAGUGGUCACCAGCAGUCUGUCCUGCAGACGGUACAGAAAUCUGCUUGCAGCCAAAUGUAGUUGGUCUUGAAAGGACUGGACAGACUGAUCAUGUGAGUGCAAAGUUGUAUAAAAGCAUAAAUAGUGAAAAAAAAGUCUUGCUGACUUUGGCCAAAGUAAGAUUCAAAUCGGGAUUGGGAUGUGAUCCGGGUUUUGUCCCGGUGGCCAGGAAAAGAAGAAUGUGAAGUUAUGGCUCUGUCCAUAUUCAUUUAGAUAGGGGAUUAAAAAUAACUGCCCACACGUGUGUUGGCCCUGUGGCUGCUGAGUGGAAAGACUUAGACAGUCUGUGAAAUGCAGUAUACUUUCUGUGUAAUUUCUUACAUACCUGUAGCAAAUUAAGUUGAAUUAAAUUGAAUUAAGUUGAAUUAAAUUGAAUUUGACCUGUAGCUGUCAAAUUCAGCAGGAAUGAUGAAUGAGUCCAAAUCUGAGCAGACAAACUCUGAAUUAUGUCAGGAUGAUUAUUACAGCUAUUUUUCAUUUUGCCACUUCCAAUUAUCUUUAUAAAUACUUGCAGUUGUAGCUCAUGUGCAUUCAAGUAGAGGCGUAUAAUGAGCAGUGACACAACGAUCUAUCCAGUGUUCCCUGAACAAAUGAUACGUGCUGUUAAAACAUAUUUUUUAAACAAUUUCACACAUGAGAAGGCAGCACACGAUAAAAAGUACACUCUAUUGGUGAAUUAUGGACAUGUGCUUUUCACUCAGAAGUCUCUUAGAGGAUGGAAGAUGACUCGUAACUUAAAUCCUGCUUACUUUACUUAGAACUGACACACAGCUGACAGAAAAGGAUCCUGGGACUCGGCGAUACCUGGAAAAUGAGAGGCUGAAUGCCUCAUGCUAAUAAUAUACUCAGCCUUUUCUCCUCAUUGCAUUAGACCAGGGGUCGGCAACC